ACGUUUUGGCGUCCUUCGUUACCAUUUCUCGAUCCCCCUCUCUCUGUCUCUCCUAUGUUAAGUAGAGAGAGAGGAAGAGAGCGAGAGAGAUAAACCAGAGCUCGAAGAAGCUUUAUAUCUUCCCUACUUUAGACUUAUCUCUCGCUUCCUCUGUUAUCCUAUUUUCCUCUGCUUCUUCUUUCUAAAGAGAGCGAGAGUGUUUUGUUUGUAGAAGCGAAAGCCAGUCCCUCCCCGACAUUUCUUCCGCCAUGAUCUCCUUGAAAAGUAGUUUCCUGAGUAACACGGGCAUCUCAGGCUCGUGUAGCCCUUUCUCCGGGAAGCAGAGAGGACUAGUCCCUACAGCUCCUACUUCAUUAAAAGUACAGGUGCUCAAUCCAAAUAGGGAACGAAAUGGAAGUGUCUUGAUGGAUAGCUCACUGCAGGAAAUGAGAGAUGGAGCCUCUGUGGUUGACUUGGACCCCAAGCCCACCGUUGCUGGUGGCGUCCGCGAUGUAUACGGUGAGGACACUGCCACCGAGGAUCAGCUCGUCACGCCUUGGUCCCUCUCUGUUGCUAGUGGAUAUUCUUUGUUGCGAGAUCCGCACCACAACAAAGGUCUUGCCUUCAAUGAAAAAGAGAGGGAUGCUCACUACUUGCGCGGCCUUCUCCCCCCAGCAGUGGUGUCUCAGGAGGUUCAGGUGAAGAAAAUGAUGCACAUCAUUCGACAGUAUCAACUUCCAUUGCAAAAGUACAUGGCUAUGAUGGAUCUUCAGGAGAGAAAUGAAAAACUGUUCUACAAGCUUCUCAUAGACAAUGUUGAGGAGAUGCUCCCUAUUGUUUACACUCCAACUGUUGGUGAGGCAUGCCAGAAAUAUGGAAGUAUCUUUAGUCGUCCUCAGGGUCUUUACAUCAGUUUGAAUGAAAAGGGUAGAAUCCUUGAGGUAUUGAGGAACUGGCCUGAGAAGAAUAUUCAAGUCAUUGUUGUGACUGAUGGCGAGCGUAUUUUGGGGCUAGGGGACCUUGGAUGUCAUGGUAUGGGGAUACCUGUAGGCAAACUCUCUUUGUAUACAGCACUUGGUGGAGUUCGUCCUUCAGCUUGCCUGCCUGUUACAAUUGAUGUGGGAACCAACAAUGAGAAACUGUUAAAUGAUGAGUUCUACAUAGGGCUCAGGCAAAGAAGAGCUACUGGACAGGAAUAUUCUGAAUUGCUACAUGAAUUCAUGAGUGCAGUCAAGCAGAAGUAUGGUGAGAGAGUGCUCAUUCAGUUUGAAGACUUUGCAAACCAUAACGCUUUUGACUUGCUUGCAAAAUAUGGUGCUACUCAUCUUGUCUUCAAUGAUGAUAUUCAGGGCACAGCAUCUGUGGUCCUUGCAGGGCUUGUUGCAGCACUAAAAUUAGUUGGUGGAACACUAGCUGACCACAAAUUUUUAUUUCUUGGUGCUGGAGAGGCUGGCACUGGAAUUGCUGAGCUCAUAGCCCUUGAGAUGUCCAAACAGACAAACAUGCCAGUGGAAGAGACUCGCAAGAGGAUUUGGCUUGUGGAUUCAAAGGGUUUGAUUGUUAGUUCGCGAAAGGAAUCACUCCAACAUUUUAAGAAGCCCUGGGCUCAUGAGCACAAACCUAUAAAGACGCUUCUGGAUGCUGUCAAUGACAUUAAGCCAACAGUGUUGAUUGGAACGUCAGGAGUAGGAAGAACAUUUACUAAAGAAGUGAUUGAGGCUAUGGCCUCCUUCAAUGAGAGACCUAUAAUUCUUGCUCUCUCCAACCCAACUUCACAGUCUGAAUGUACCGCUGAGGAAGCUUAUACGUGGAGUAAGGGUCGUGCCAUUUUUGCAAGUGGAAGCCCAUUUGCCCCUGUUGAAUAUGAGGGGAAAGUUCAUGUGCCUGGUCAGGCAAACAAUGCAUACAUUUUCCCUGGAUUUGGUCUGGGUUUGAUAAUGUCUGGCACAAUCCGUGUUCAUGACGAUAUGCUUCUGGCAGCAUCGGAAGCUUUAGCUGCCCAGGUGACCCAGGAGAACUUCGACAAGGGACAAAUAUACCCACCAUUCACAAACAUCAGAAAGAUCUCUGCCGAAAUCGCGGCCAAUGUGGCUGCUAAAGCUUAUGAACUUGGUCUGGCUACUCGCCUCCCUCAGCCUAAGGAUCUGGUCAAGUACGCUGAAAGCUGUAUGUACAGCCCUGUCUACCGAAGCUAUCGGUGAAGUGGUACAAGCCUAAUAUCACUCCCACCUUAAACUAUGCCUUCACGCUGUCUCUGAAAGAAAGAUGGGAAAGAAAAAGAUUAUAAAAGUAGAUAUCCACUUUUAGUCAUAUAAUCAGCUGUUCUGCAAUUUUUUUUUCCUCCUCCCCCCUUUAUUUUUUGAGUUCUUAUUGUCAAUCUUUUCUUUUGUACGUUAUCCUGCAAGUCAUUUGAUGGGUAAGAACGAGCACAAUAGGUUGCUGCAUGCUAGUAUUUGAUGAAUGCAGUUGAAUAUAGCUGGAAAAGCUGUUGUGGACUUGAAAAAAUCUCACAUGAAAAUGAAAUUCAGUAGUGUUAUUUGA